GUACCAGGAUGGUAAAACAGAAAUGCCUGUUUCUUACCUAUAAAUAAAGUUUUCAAACGUUCCUUUUUUUAAUUCCGGUGCAUAUUUGUAUCACUAGGUGUUCAGACAAGUUUCAAGAAUUUCAAUUCUUCAAACCCUUAAAUUAGAACACCAGUGUUCUCUGUUGAGCAGAAGAAUGAUAGAGAAUAAACAUACAUUCACUGCAGAAACGACAGCCAUUGUUUUAAAUUUAAAAAGGUGAAGAACAUUCUGUCAAAAAGCAGAAAAAGAAAAAGCAAUAGAAGUUUGGAUGAAUGGUGUCAGGGAAUUUCCCUUUGCACAUAUCACAAUUAAAAACCGUUUCCAUAUGCGCAUUUGUAAUUGGUUUCAUGGGUUACAGAUGAGACCCAAUUGGUUUUCAUAGGCUCUAAAGAAAACCCAGCUUUUUCUAUUGGUGUUUUUUUAAAGGAUGGGAAUUCAAGCAAGCAUCUACCCUGGUUCUCACGGAGAUAGGAUCGACAUAAAAUUGGAUUUAUUACAACAAUUGUGCUGGGGAAUAGCAUCACAUGAUAUUUACGCAUCUUUCAGGAGAACAAGGAACCCACUAUCAGGAAUUGCAGGAUGGCUGUCUUUUACACGGGAAAAUUUGUUUGGAGGAGGUGAAAAGUUUAAUGUAUUUUUGGAAAAAGGCACCACUGAUUCAAAUUAUCAAGCGACUCUGAUGCAACCAAGUGUUCAUGGGGCUGGUCAGCAAUCCAUUACCAUUCUGAAUUCAGUUACACCAGCCACUUCUGUCCAUGGUAUUGUUACCAGUUCAUCAGGCUCUGCGUAUGGAGAUGUAAGAAUGUGUAGAUUUACAGCAAAAAUGGACCAAAAAUGGGAAUUGAAUUCGAAUUUGAGCAAGACAGCAGGCAUAAUGAUUGAGCAAAUUGUCCCCCUUGGUGAUCAUGGCCGUCCUAUAUUCACAGAUCGAUAUGGAUGUCCAAUCACUUUCAGUGGCAAUUUAUAUGACAAAAUGCUCGUUGCCAAGCUGAAGACAGAAUACACUAAAUCCAAUGAUCAAAAUUUGUUUCAAUAUAAUAUUCAACUGGAGCAAGGGUUACCUAUUUCUCCUGGAUGGCUUUUUUUCUAUCGACUGAGGGCUCAUGUAAAGCAGGGGUUUAAGUUAGGGCCAUCUUUUGCCUUGUCAAGCCUAUCAGGUGGCACAGUUAUAGGAAACUUGGCACCUCAUGAUGCAUUUCCUAUUGGAGGAACCAACAGCGUUCGAGGUUAUGGUGAGGGAGCUGUUGGCACAGGACGGUCAUUUUUACUGAGUAGCAGCGAAUUGUUGUUCCCUUUGAUUUGUGGAUUGCAAGGCACUGUAUUUGCAGAUCUUGGAACAGACUGUGGUUCUGGGCGUUCAGUCCUUGGAGAUCCUGCUGGUAUACGUGGAAGAAGAGGGACUGGUUUUGGGUAUGGAGUCGGUAUUCAAGCAGAAUCUGCAGCUGGACCCAUACGGAUUGAUUAUGCUGUGAAUGAUAUGCAUGGAAAGUGUGUUUAUUUUGGUUUUGGAUAUCCUGAAUGAUUUGUGGAGGGAUUCAGGAUCGAGGGUAAACUGAUUAUGGGUAAGAAAGAUUCAUGGAAACAGGUUUUUGGUAUGAAACUUGUAUUCAAAUAAACUCACCUAUCAGGGAAUGGUAGUUUUUCUAUUUUGCAUACCUCAGAGCUUUUAUUCUUGUAAUCUUGUAAUAACUCUCUUCAAUUAUUUUUAGCGAACAGCCCUUGGCCAUUCUUUGAAAAUUCCAACAUUCAUGAUGAUUUGUAAUUUAUAAUCAGUAUGAAUUAAAAUUGGUCUCUCUUAUUCUGA